UUCAUAGGAAAAAAUGGGGAUUAUGUGAUCAAUAAUAGGCUUACAGAUCUGUCAAGAAUAUAUCAAAUAACAACUUCGUUUGCCUUAUUUAUUGACUGGAGGUGUUUAGAGGUAGUAUAAGGAAUAUUAAAAUGAUGGAGGGUUGGAUCAGCUGUUCACCAUAACAAGAGGAGCGGCGGUGGAGGCAGCAGCAAUGAGACAAUGCAAGAUUAACACACUUUACUCCCAAUAAUGUCAAGUACCCGGUAUUCCGCAAGGGUUCCCGGUCUCCGUCAGCAUGGUCGACAUCACCUCAUGCAGAAGCUGCACUUCAGAGAGUUAUAUGGAGAAACAAGACAAACUCGCUCUAGACCAAGACAGAGGCUGUUUUAUCAGCUUCCUCACCGCUUGGCCUUUUCUUUGGCACAGGUGGCUCCUAAAUCUGCUCUGGCUGCAGGACAUGUUUUCUUGGGAUUCACAAAGUGUGGCCAGUUUGUCCUGUCAUAUACUCAUUCUUGUGAUACAGAUGACCACACAUUGCAGAUGAUACACAGAUAUAGACUGCACUGGUGGGUGUUUGUUCCAUAUGCUCCAUUACGGAAAGUUGCAGAGGUAAUGCUCUUUGGUGACCAGGAUUUGCAGGAAAGCUUAUAUGAAAAUAUCUUCAUUUCUUUAUGUCAGUGGCCAAGAGAUUUGUCCAAAAUCCUAGUAUAUGGUUGCAGUAUGAUUGAGGGUAAUGAUGGAGGCAGCUCUCAAACCCGCACUUGUUAUAUUACUAUUACUGCAGUUCCUUCUCUUGAUAACUGCUCUGCCUGCUAUCAAGUGGCCACUUCAUAUGAAGAAGACGAUCUGGCAGAGCGCUGGAAUAGCUGUGUGCGAUUUAGCUGUCUUAAGCAUGGUAUUACCGUUCAUACCAGUUUUGAAAUGGUUCCGCCCUUCCCCAAGUUCCUCCCAAAUGUACAAAUGAAACGGAAGGGAUUUGUUGUGCUCAAUGCUGGUAAUUUUAUUCAUGUACUGAAUGUUGAUUUAGAAAACAUGGAUAGAAAAAUGAAAGAAGUAGAAACAGAAGUAUUAGGUGUAAAACUAAACAAUAUUGGUGAGGAGAGAGAGGAAGAGGAGGAAAGUGAUGAUGAUAGGGAACAGAAUAAAGUAAAAACCAGAAGUGUGUCUGGUGAGCAGUAUUGUGUGCCUAAUGUGAGGUCUGGUAAAGAAUACACUAUGAUGGAUAGUUCCAGUAGUGAUGUUGAUCCUGAGGCUGAUGGCCAAAGUAGCUGUGAGGAGGAAGAAGGAGCUCGAUUAGAGAAAUAUCAAAACGGUACUGAAUUAGGAGCAAAUGGACUGAGGAUAACACUGAGCAGUGGAGUUAGGUUAGGGUGUAAUAGCUCAAUGACUGACAGAGACAGAGAAUGGGAAAUUUUAAUAGGAAAUGUGCCCUCAAGAAGUGAAGGAAGGACUAGAAAUGAAGAUAAUAGUAGAACUCAUGGUGAUUGUGGAGGUAGCCAGAGAAACAAUACUGCUGAUGAACAGGGUGUUUCUCAUUAUUGUGACAUUGAAAACUGUGAUAACAAAAGUCAUGGGAGUCUUGGUGGACUACAGAACAAUGAAGCUGCCAUGCGAGGUGUUGCCCGCAAUCUCACGCUCAAAGAAUUUCAGUUGCCUGAUGAUUCCCCUUAUAAUUUUUAUGGUGAUAAUGACGGUUUUCGUGAUGAUGACUCUGAUGACUCCACGAGGUGUUCACACAUUAGUGAAGAGUCUCGUUUAGGCCGCUCUGAUCUCAGGGACAGUAUAAACAAUGGUGAUAAAUUUAGAUCUGGAACAACUUUUUGUGCAAACCUUUCAUUAGCUGAUGAUUUUCCCAUUAAUUCUCAGUAUUCACAACAAGGUAGAAGAGUUCUCCGAAGUUCAAGUGAAAGUUCCUAUGGUGAAAAAACUCCAACUAAACAGGCUGAGAAGGAAUACGAAUUUAUUGAUGAAAUAACCGAGUCACGUCAUGAAAAGCUUAGUGUCUUUCGUCGCAGGCGUCUUGCUGACAAGAAAUAUGAGUUUUCUGAUGAAAAUAUGGAAAAUGUCCCUCAAAAAUACAGCAGCUAUAGAAGCCAAAGUCGUAGGUUACUGAUGAGCCCGUCACGUUCUCCAAGAUUUCGCUCAAUAGGUGUUCCACUGUCCGAGCUCUCAAUAGAGCUGGGUGAAUCAUCUGGACUCCUCAGAUCAGUAUUAUAUGAAAAGCUUCUAAGCCCAAACUCUGGCAGUGGGUCACCUAAUGAUGUACUUCGACCCAUCAACCAGAAUAUCACCAGUCCUGUCCUUUCGCCACGAGAUGACCGAUGGAGAGACGAGAUUGAUCGGUUGGAAAAGGCAGAACUGCAGAGAUGGAGCUCACGAGAGAGUUUAGGAUUGUAUACACUCAGUCCUGGUUGUGUUCAGAAAUCUUCAGAAAGAUCUUCUAACCUAACACCAAACAGUGUUUCAGAUCUCACUCAGUCUCUGACUUUGAAUUGUGUGGUUGACUUCAACCGACGGUAUAUUGAGGUUGACGACGAGCUUGUUUCCAUCAUUACAGACAUAGAAGAUGAUGAGCUAGGGACAGCAACUGGCUAUCAUAAUGCAUUGCCUCUGGAGGUGCAUGGUUCUGGCUACACUCAGAUGCAUAUGAUCUCCAAUUCAAAAGCAGAAAAAUUGAUGGCGCCAGGUGUAUUAGUAAAGCAAGUUAGCUUGGAUGUUGAACAGUUCUGUCAUGAAAUGGCUCAGAGAUUAUGUACUGAAGCUGGAAAAAAGUAUUUCUUUUGCAAUGACUACAAUGUAGAGAUUGUUGAUGUGUGCCCAAGUAGUGGAGACAUAGUGGCCCUGGCUUCAGUGUUGGUACAGGCUGCAACAGUUGUAAAAGGACUGAGCAAGACAGUCCGGUCCCCAAUUAGUUCUUUAACCCGUCGUCAAUACAAAACUACGGCAACAUUCAUCUUUAAUAUGGAUACCAAACAGUAUUAUCUUAUAGAUAAGGAGCCACUACUUGAAGAAGAUCCAUACAGUAUUGAAACCAUGGAAGGCGAUGUGAAUGAUGAGAGAUGGUGGCUAAGUGCUCGCCAGACUGCUCGACAGUUACGUGCACAAUGGACAUGCCCAACCGAUUAUUAUUCGAGUGUCAAAGUCAUGACAAAUGAGCCACUUAUUAAGGGUAAAUCGCUGAACCACAUAAUGGAAGGACAGCAUCUUGUAGCUCUAGUUCUGGGGCCACAACUUCAAGGAAUGUGAAUGACUUAAAGUUUAGCCACAUCAAAAUGCAUAUUACAGUACACUAGUCUGAAAAUUAUUGCUAUAUUAUGCACUUGCAUAUUUUUGUCCAGCAAGUUGAAGAAUGGAUCACAUUCGCCACAUUAUUUAUCUUAUGAAGGUAAUGUCUAUUUUUUUCAUUUGUCAUUUUUUUUAAUGAUCAUGGGUUGUAAUAAAUGGUGCUUGAUGCAGUUUACUGCAACAUUUUGAAAACUCAUCUGACGGUGCAGAUUUUGCACAUGUAAGUGACCAGAUAAUAGCUUUUGCCUUUACAAAAUGCCUAUCUGGUAGGAUUAUGGCUGUGAGUUGACAAGUUGUGGAUAACAAUGUGUGUAUUGAAAGGAGACCAUUUGUUACUGUGACAUUUCACAUAUAAGAGACUUUAAUCAAGUAUAGGAAAUAAACAAAACAUCGCCAUGUAUUUAGUAUUGAAAAGAUAGACACAUAAGAUAUAGGAGAGGUGACAUCAGGUUCAAGAAAGUUCAGGUGAGGGUGAGGUCAAGCACUGUGAGGUAUACUGCACCUGAGAUAAGAUGAUGAUGUUCCGAGAGUAGUGAAACUCAAAGAACUGUUCAAAGGUAUAUCAAAGGGGGCUCAGGUCAUGGCAUUCUGUGAUUCUUAUGUUGAUCCAAAAUUAUUUGUGCAGUGAAUUUUGCUGGAAGGAACAUCUUUGUUUUGCAUUUUGAUAUCAGCGAUGUAAAAUCUGCAAAUUCUAAACACCAACAUUUAUCAGUGUCAUUCUUCUGGUAUACCCUUCAAGACAUUGAUUGGGCCACUUGAUCCAAGGAAUUAAACCUGACCUCCCUUAUUUAGAUUGAACUUGAUGAGCUCAUUUCCAGUUCAUGAGAUGUUGAUGUGUGUGUCAGUAUAUCAUCCUUGCAUUCCAGGUGUCAUCUACUCAACAAUUGAAUUAAUAUUCCUGUAAAGGGGUAUCGAAAUCUGUGACUGAUUCACUUGUACACACUUGCAUACAAGAUUUCAUUCUCAACUUGGAAAGCUGUAAACACUUGCUCCAACAAUGUUAAUGAUGUGAAGAGGCUUCCUAGUAAAUUCCUUAAGUCUUUGUUGUGAGAACUUAGAUGCUUAUGCCAAUUGUUCAAGUAUAAUUACAGUUAAACCAGCAAUAAAAAUUUAAUUCACUACUGCUAUUACCAUGACUAUAGAACAAAAAGAGGUGUGCUCCUAUGUUUCUUCCUGUGUGUUCUUAGGCUCUUUAGCAGUGAGUAGUAUUGUAUGACCCUUAUGGGUUUAGUGCUAAACUUGAUUAUAAUAAUGAUAAAGUAGCAGUAUCUUGAUGACAAAACUAUAUUGAGAGAACCUUUUCUGCAUGGAAGUUUCCCAAACAAGUCAUCUUCCCACAGGAACAAGGCUCUUAGUAUCUUUACCAUUCCCAGAGAUAACACCACCACUGAGUGCUGAAUAAUUCUACCCACUGGAUACACAGCAACCUCAGUAAAUCCUCUUCUCUUAACAGCUGAUUUCACUGCUGAAGUUCUCACCACAAAGACUACUAAGGAAUUUACUAGGGCACCCUGCCCCAUCUGGGGGAUGUGAUCUUGUUUGCAUAAGUGAAACCCAGAUGUUUGGACACCUUUUUAUAUAGGAACAUAAAUAUGCCUGCAGAGAUGACAUCUGGUAUGAGUGUGUUAUUGUAACAUGCAUGCAUACACACGUAUGUAUCGAUGUCUGUCAUUCCAGGGGACUGAUAAAAACAGAAAACAAUGUUCAUAAUCUGCAGUCGUGUCACUGAUACCAUAACACAAAACAGAGCGAUGUUCCAUCUGGAAAAACCUAUUUCACAAACAAGAACCCCAGAUUACUAAAGACCUGACCCUCCAACCUAGACAUCUCCUAACAUCACAUGAUCUCAGAUGCAGUAUACCUCGCUGUGCCUGACCUCACACCACCUUUUCCACACCUGAUAUAUCUAUCUUUUCAACACUAUAUUUACAGUGAAACCUCCAUUUAACUCACCCCGAUUAAAUUGAUUUUGGAGUUAAAAAAAUCUGUGACUGGAAAACAUCUGGGAACAAUUGACAAAAUCUGUUAAAUCAAGAAUUGUUAUCCACUUGAUAAAUUAAUUUAGUAUUUAAUAGACAAAGUCCAUUAUUUCCAGAAUUGUUCGUUAUUCUUGUUGUCUGCUGAGCAAAUUGACUUAGGGUUUAAUGAAUGAAUACUGUUAAAACCAGAAUUAUUAUUUCUUACAACCAUGUUAAAAACUCAUCAUUUGAAUUUGACAAUUGGCAUUAAUGGACACCCAUCCUCCUCUAUUAGUCUCUUCAUUCAAGAUUGUACUGUUGAUAUUUUUCAUAUUUCCAGUAAUUGACAAAGUCUCUUGUAGGUGAAACACGUGACAAUAAAAUGUUUUCUUUUGCUAGAUUCGACUUUUUUCCAUCAGAAUGCCUAUCUACAACAAGCAUCAAAUAUUUAUUAUUAAUGAAUUAAAAUUAUGAUGGAAAAAACUUUAUUAACUUGAAUAUAGAUAAGAAUAAUAUUAAUACCCCAAACAGGUAUGCUGUACCCAGGUUACUGAUUCAGUAAUAAUAAGUAAAUUAAGUAAUGUAUUCUUCUGAAGUCUGCAUCUGUAUCAAUGGAUACUCUGUGUUAUAAAGUCACAGGAGAGAAAUUUUGAAAGAAAUUAAGUGGGAGAUGACUUGUGAAUACAUAUUUACAUUAAUUUGCUGAAGUAGUGAUGUAUAUGGAUGCAUGUAGUAAAUGACAAAAUAGGUUAUUUAACCAAACUGUUAGUUGAUGUUGAGGAAAAAAUAAACUUAAGGUGUAACAGAAAAAUAUGUGGGAGGGAUUUCUUAAUCGUGAUAUGUAGAAUUCGUAUUGUCUGUUAUUAAUUUUGAUUGGCUGCAUUUGUUUCUUAUGUAACUGAAUACAUGUGUUGAGAGGUGUAUGCAAGGGACUUUGAUAUCCAGUAGACAUGUGAGACCAUAUUAGUUAGGACUGAGUGGAAGCAAGUAAUUUUUACGACUUGGCGAGCUGUUGGAGUGUGAGCAAGGUAACAUCUAUGAAGGGAUUCAGGGAAACCGGUUAGCUGGACUUGAGUCCUGGAGGUGGGAAGUACAGUACCUGCACUCUGAAGGAGGGGUGAGGAUAUUUGUAUUUUGGAGGGGCAUCUGAAUUGUAGUAUUAGUGUACCUCUGACAAGAUGUUGAUAGUUUGAUUGAUGGUGAAAGCAUUUUUUUUCUUCGUUUCACUCUGCCUUGGUUAAAGACGGCUGGUGUGUUAAAAAUUGUUUUUAUAUAAUCAUAAUUUAUAUAAGCCUUGUAUUUGACAAAUGUUCUGAAAUGUAAGAAAUGUUUAGUUUCGUCCUAUUCUUUAAACCUGAAUGCUAACAAUGAGAUUAUUUGACUCAAAUUUUUAAUAAAUUUAUGUAUUUCCAUUUUAAUUUGUUAAACAAUAAGACAUUGUACUUUGAUAAAAGAAUAGGUAAGCAAGAAAAGAGUUAGAAUAAAAAGAUCAUCUUAAGAGUUGUAUAAGGAUGAUGUGUAGAGAACAGUAUUAACCACCCUGUUGGGUAGCAGUAGACAGAACAUUGGAUGCUGAUCGAAUAUAGACAUUUUAUAAUCUACUUUUUAUUUUUAUUUAUACUUUUCCUCUUCAGUAGUUAGUAUUAUGUACUUAAUAUUUGAAUCUCACCCAGUGGUCAUUGCAGUGAAAAAAAAAAGUAUUUGAACAAACAUUUUGGUGUGUUAUUAUUAAUACAAACAUGAGCUCCCUUUAAAUUGGUGUGAUAUACAGUGGACCCCCACAUAACGAUAUUAUUUCAAUCCAGAAGUCUGUUUGGGUGCUGUUAGAGACCAAAUUUGUUCCCAUAAGAAAUAUUGUGAAUUAGAUUAGUCCGUUUCUGACCCCCAAAAAUACACCUACAAAAGCACUUACAAAAAUACACUUACAUAAUUGGUCGAGUUGGGAGCUGAUCGUUAUGCGGGGGUCCACUGUACUUUGUUAAUUUUUUAACACUGUUAUUGAUGUAGUGUUAAUAUUAUGUACUACACUCUUGCACUAAAGUCUUUGAAUGUGAUUCUAGUUAACCGAACUUGAGUCCUGGAAGUGGGAAGGGCAGUGCCUGCACUCUGAAGGAGGGGGUGGGGAUGUUGCAGUCGGAGGGUAAUCUGAAUUGUGGUGUCAAAACACCUCUGGAAAGACAGCGAUUGAAUGAAUGAUGGUUAAAUUGUUUUCUUCUUUGGGUCACCCUGCCUUGGCAGGAGAUGGCCAUUGAGGUAAUAAAAAAAUUCUUGUUUCUCAGGUGAUAAAACAUUUUUUUAAUGAACACAGGUUGCAAAAAAAUAUAGUUUGCUGUGGAAAAGCCUGUUGAGUGAUAUUGCCUAUUUUUACUGAAUUAAUGAUAAUAAACAGUUACAUAUAUAGUACAGUAGUAGUAAGAACUUAUACUUUAUAUUUCUGUUAUUACUGCAAUUUUUAAGACAAGGUUGAAUUGUGGACUAAACAUUUAACAUGACAAUUCAUCUGCCAUAACACCUGGGUAACAUCAUAAUCUUCAAAUAAUUUUACAUUUUGUACUAAUAUUUACAAACUUUGCUUUGUUUAUAUAUUGUGAUAGGUACAUAACACAUGUCAUAUAGUAUUGUGCAUUGUUAUAGUACUUUUUCUUAAGAGUUUGAUUAUUCUUCAUUUUGUUGGGCUGUUUCAUGCAAAAGACUGUGAUUUUACUCUUGCAUAAUUAUUGUGAGCUGAUAUUACAUAACUUGACCACCAGGUGAGAAACUUUUAUAGAUGAUUUAUUUUUAUUAAAAACUGAUCAUUAAAUAAAUUGCAGCUUACAUCAGUGCAACCAGGUCAGUUGUUUGAUUUAUUAGGUACUGUGAGAAAUUCACAUUUUAGGUAGUACAUUCCAUAUGUUUUAAAACUAGCCUUGCUCUAUCUUCUUUCUGUUAAUGUACUUCAUUAAGCCUUGAGUGUUAGUGAUUGUAUAUUGCUUGGGAAGCCCAUUCAUACACAGUUAAUUAAGUGAGUUACACUUGCCUAUAAUUAAAACAGUUAUCGUCUUUGGAAUUAUGACGUAUGGAACUCAGGAAUAUAAUUUUCAUGUACAGUAGACAAUACAAAGAGUUGGACAGAGCUGCAGUUCAUAUUCAGUAAAUUUAUUUAUCACCAUUAUUUAGAUGUCCAGCACAAUAAAUAUUAUAAUGUAAUAUUAUAAUGUAAUCUUUUACAUUACUCUCAAGAUAGUCUUUUUUUUUCCUGUUUAAAUAGUAAGUAUGAAGAUACAUUUCAUGGUUCGGUAUGUUGAAAGGUAAAAAAAAAAAAAAAAAAUGUUAGCUCUUCAUUGAUUAAAGUUUUAAGUUAUUGAAUAUUUUUGAAUGUUUAGCAAAUGGUAGUGUUUUGGAAUUUUUAGUGACUAUGUUGGAUAUGUGAUGACAAGACAAACCUUUUAUUUUUUGUGAUUUGUUACAUUGUGCACUUUUUAUGAGACUAUUCAAACUAUUUGAACACUACCCAUUGUGUGUCAUGAUCAAAAGUUCUAUAUUUAAAAUCAAGUAAAACUUACAUUCUAUGCUAUAUCAUCUCUUGUUACUUGCACACUAUAUUUUGAAUUGACAAUUUUUUGCAGAAACCACAAUUUUCAGUAGCAUUUUGAAUGUGCUACCCUUUUCAGACUGUGUUUUAACUUAUUCGUAUUGAGGAGAAAUAAUAUGACGGAUAUUUUAUUUUUGUUAUUUUUGGGUUUGUAAAUGAUAUUGCUUGUAUUACAUUAUCAUUUCUUGACUGAUGGAAUUUUAAGAUUUUAAAUAUAUCCAUAUAUGUAUUAAUAUUAGUAAAACAAUUACUGUGAUCAGAUAGGACUACUUAAUAUGAUAAUACAUGCAGUGGUACUGAAUUCCACAUCAGUGAAGGUCAGUUGUUAAUUUUAUUUACAUAGUUUUAGUUCCGAAUAUCACACUGCAGUAAUUGUAACCAACAAUAAAUAUCUUCACUUCAUUAACCCUUUCAGGGUCGACAGGCCCUCCCAGAAACUUGUUCUCAGGGUCUAAAAUUUAAAAAAAAAAAAAUUAUUUUUUCUUAUGAAAUGCUAGAGAAUCUUUUCCUGAUCAUAAUGACACCAAAAGUAUGAAAUUUGAGUGAAAACUUACGGAAUUAUGCUCUUGUGAAGUUAGCGGUCUCGAUGAUGUUUACGCAUCAGCAAUUUCGCCCACUUUGAGCCCUAUUUUCAGCCAAUUCCCAUGUUCCAGUCGAAAAAAAUCAUAACUAUUUUGCUAGAACUCCAUUUUUUCUAUCAAAUGAGUACAAGAAACCACCUAUGUACUGAUUUCAACUAUCCAAUAAAGGGGUCAGAAAUUGGCAAUUUUACCAAUUUCACACAAAUUUCAAAAGAUGCCAAUUUCCAAAUAGGGUCCAGAAUAGACAAGACAGACAUUCCUGGCACUAAAAUAACAUUUCCUUUGUUCAUUAGUCAUGUCCCCAGGCCUCUCGUACAUUUCUUUUGCUUUCCAGUUUGAAUUUUUAUUCUCACAAAUAAAUAGAAGAUUUACUGUUAUGCAGACUACUGCAUUAGUGUAGAAAUGGUAUAAACAAUAUCAGUGCACUUGUGAAAGAAUAUUAGACUCACCAGUUGACGUGUAUUGGACGUGUGGCAUGAUUUGCUUACUUUGAACUUUGGCAAAAAUCGAAGAUUUCUGCUACUUUGAGCUCAAUUUCAAGGUACUUUUCAUUGUGAAACCAAUUAAAAUCAUCUCAAUUUCCAUAAUAUGUUUUCCAUUCUAUAAAAUGAGACCAGGAAAACUAGAAUACAACCAUAAAUAGCAUACGAAAAUACACUGCAAAGUCACUGUUUUAAACCAAAAACAUGGUCGGGGUUUUUUUUUUUUCUCAUUAUGCAUUGUGUGCUGCAGAAUUUUUUUUAUACUGCACACACUGACCCCACAGACCCAUUCUUUCAUAUGUAGGCCUACCAGGUUUCUCUCGCUAGAUUUGAAGGUGCUAGAAUUUAUGCGUACUAGUACGGCACCAACCCUGAAAGGGUUAAUAUUAAAUUAAACAAAUUUAAGUUCUUGGCAAAAGUGGUGAAGAUUUAAUUUUUUUUACUGUGCCUUUCUAGUGAACAUGGGUGUAGGAAUUUGUCUAGCUUUAUUCACCUUAGUCAUACUCCUUCUUCUGUAGCUCUCACUGAAUCUUGUAUUUUUCAGUGAAGUACUCUUGGAUUUGAUCUUAAUUCCUUCUCUGUUGGACACUUAUAAUUUGCCCAAAUUAGCUUUGUUAGGUAAAAGGACACAGGUGCAACUAAUGUGACAUUUUAUUGUGGCAACAUUUCGCUCUCCAGGAGCUUUGUCAAGCUGUUAACAAUUACGGCUUGACAAAGCACCUGAAGAGUGAAUUGUUGCCACAAUAAAAUGUCACAUUAGUUGCACUUGUGUCAUUUUACCUAACAUAUUGUCGGUAAUUUUACCAACAUUAAUACAAAUUAACUUUAACUGAAAACAAAAAUUUUGCACAUUACAUUAAAGCUGUCACACUCUUAUUACCAACCAGCUUUACUUCAAAAAUACCUGUUCCAACCUAUAAUCUUUAAUCAAAAUUUUAGGCAUUAUAAAUCUCCCUUUCUUAAAAGGUCAGGAAAUUAUUUCAGAUUCAGAAACUGUUUCACUUAUCGUAUACUGUUCUAUGAGUCUUGUUCAUCAUAGUCUGGAGUACUGUUCUCACUUCUGGGGAAGUUACUGUCUACCUAAAUCAUGUACACAUUUUAUAGGAAAGCUAUUUGUCUCAUCAGUGUUCUUGAUGUCACAUAAAAUGAGCUGUAGCCUCUCACCACAGAUUUGCAUAUGUUGUACCUGCUGUUUCUUCUAUUGCUCAUGCUCUUAAAAGUUUGCAGUCUUGUAUUCCUCAUCUGUAUAUAUCUUUCUUUCAACACACCGGCCGUAUCCCACCAAGGCAGGGUGGUCCAAAGGGAAAAACAAAAGUUUCUCCUUUUCUUCUUUCUUUCAACACACCGGCCAUAUCCCACCGAGGCGGGGUGGCCCAAAAGGAAAAACAAAAGUUUCUCCUUUUACAUUUAGUAAUAUAUACAGGAGAAGAGGUUACUAGCCCCUUGCUCCCGGCAUUUUAGUCGCCUCGUACAACACGCAUGGCUUACGGAGGAAGAAUUUUAUUCCGCUUCCCCAUGGAGAUAAGAGGAAAUAAACAAGAAUAAGAACUAGAAAGAAAAUAGAAGAAAACCCAGAGGGGUGUAUAUAUAUGUAUGCUUGUACAUGUAUGUGUAGUGUGACCUAAGUGUGAGUAGAAGUAGCAAGACAUACCUGAAACCUUGCAUGUUUAUGAGACAGAAAAAUGGACACCAGCAAUCCUACCAUCAUGUAAAACAAUUACAGGCUUACAUUUUACACUCACUUGGCAGGACGGUAGUACCUCCCUGGGCGGUUGCUGUCUACCAACCUACUACCUAGAAUCUGUAUAUAUAGUAACAGUAUUUUCAAUUCACAGGGCCUGAACAUGCAACAGGCAUGUGUGAGUAUGUUAGAUAGGAGUGAAUGGAGACAAAUUAUUAUUGGGAUCUGACUAGCUGUUGGAGUGUGAGCAGGGUAAUAUUUUUGUGAAGAGAUUCAGGGAAACCGAUUAGCUGGACUUGAGUCCCAGAGGUGGGAAAAAACAGUGGGUCUUCAUGGUCAGUGUGUGCAGUAUAAAAAAAAAAUCCUGCAGCACGCAGUGCAUAAUGAGAAAAAAAACUCUGACCAUGUUUUUGGUUUAAAACACCGACUUUGAGGUGUAUUUUCGUAUUGUUCAUGGUUGUAUUCUCGUUUUCUUGGUCUCAUUUGAUAAAGUGAAAGAUGCAUUACAGAAAUCGAGAUAAUUUUGAUUGGUUUCACAAUGAAAAGUACCUUGAAAUUGAGCUCAUAGUAACAGAAAUGUUCUAUUUUUGCCAGUGUUCAAGAGUAAAGUCUGAUAUGCACUCACAAAUGGGUUGACUUUAUUUAUACAAUUAUUACAAUAAUGCAGUAGUCUGCAUAAGAGUAAAUCUUCUACUUUUUGUGAGAAUAAAAAUUCAAAAUGGAAAGCAAGAGUAAUAUAAGAGGGGUCUGGAGAUGUGACCAAUGAACAGAGAAAAUGUUAUUUUAGUGUCAGGAAUGUCUGCAUUGUUUAUUCUGGACCCUAUUUUGAUGUUGGCAUCUUUUGAAAUUUUUUUAAAAUUGGCCAAAUUGCCAAUUUCUUACCACUUUAUUGGGUAGUUGAAAUUGGUAAAUGGGCAGUUUCCUAUAUUCAGUCAAUAGAACAAAUGGAGUUCUAGCGAAAUAGCUAUGAGUUUGGUCGACUGAAACAAUGGAAUUUGUCAAAAAUAGGGCUCAAAUUGGGUGAAAUUGCCAAUGUGUGUACAUUGCUGAGACUGCUGACUUUGUGAGAGUGUAAUUCCAUCAAAUCUCAUACUUUUGGUGUCAUUACCAUCAGGAAAAGAUUCUGUCAUUUCAUAAGAAUUUUUUUUUUUUAAUUCUUCGACAGUGAGAGCAAGUUUGUGAGCAAGGGUCUUGACAGAAAAAGGGUUAAGUGACAUUUAAACUCUCGUAUCUGAGCGCCUCUGCAAAGACAGUGAUUACAUGUGAAUGAUUGUGAAAGUGGUUUUUCUCUCUUUUUGGGUUACCCUGCCUCUGUUGGAAAUGGCCGACAUGUCAAAAAAAUAUAUAUAUAAUAUGAAAUAACUUUAAAAAACUUGAAAUUUGGGAAAAUUUCCGGAUGUAAUGGAGAGACAUGUAGCUCACGGAGAAUAUAAACAAACCGGGUGGGGUGCUGUGACCGUAUUAGAAAGUCAAGUGGGAAGAGCCAUACAGCGAGUUUGUCAAUAUUUAAAGUGUCCAUAUUAGUGGAACGCUGUGAAGUGAGGCCCUACUGUAAUAUUACAUUGGAUUUUUUUUUUUUUUUUUUUUUUUUUUUUAAAUUGGCCAAAUUACCAACUCCUGUAUACUUUAUAGCAUAGGUUUAAUAGCUGAAUGUGCAGUUUCUUGUGCUCAAUCAAUAGAAUAGAAGGCAUUCUAGCAAAAUAGCUAAGAAUUUGGGCAAAUUGAACAAUGGAAUUUGUCAAAAUCAUCGAUGCAUAAAUUGUGCCCAGACCACUAACUUUGUGCCUAUGUAAUUCCAUAAGUUUUUCCACCAAAUUUUGUAUUUUUUGGUGUCAUUAUCUUCAGAAAAAAACUCUGUACCAUUUCAGAAGAAUUACUUUUUAUAUAUAAUGUGGGACACAGCGAGCACUUAACUUCGGGGGGCUGGACAAUGAGAGGGUUAAACUAUGGUGACUCUUCUUAAUGAAACUACAAUGCUUUCCUGCUGAAUAUGUUGAGAGAGAUACUUGACCUUAAAAAAGAAAUACAAAAUGAGCUGAUUCAGCUCAUGCCUAGUACCUUUGAAGAAGUCCGUAGAUCUGCUUGUGCUGUCAUGUGGUGUCCACUCAUACUGAAUCGUACUCUAGAUGUAAGUUGUGUGGGACAAAUAGCUAUGCUUUUUUAUUUUUUUUAGACAUAGCUUCAAAAACUGAUAAUAAUGAGUCUGUAAGCAUAAAAGGACAUUGCUUGAAAUUUUUGCUGCAAAGUGAGAAACCUGGUGUAUAAUUCCAUGAUAGAUACUAUCCUUUGUAAUUUAGAAAAGCUAUUGCCUGUUGAAAACAUAUGUGGACAAAGCUAUGAUAUUGGAAACAACAUGAGGAAAAAGAUUAUUGGCAAACAAAGAAGAAUUUUAAGUAAUUAUUAUCAAAAAGAUUAAAUAAUUAAUGAGCCUUGAUCCUUGCAGUGCCCUUUUUUUUUUUAAAUUUAAGUCAUUAAGGAUGCUUUCAAAUAUUGCUGGAAGGUAACUUUUCUUUGAGCUUGUACAAUAUUUUUUUUUUUGUGUGUGUGUGCAUUUUUGAGCUUCACAAUACUGCCAGACAUUGAACCAAUUCCACUUGGUAUGAGGAAAAGGAAGAAGCAUAUCUCACACGAAUAGAUUUCUCACUGUACUUGGCCAUGCUUUGACUCCAUCACAACAUUUCAAGAGAGAAGUCUCUCAGCUAUUUCAACACACUGUAUCACACUUUGUGACAUUUUGGCAGUGAUGACACUUUUCCUUACAUCUCGAGGAAUCUUUGAACAUAAUCAGAAUGGUAAUCCACAUAAAAUAAUAGUACAAUUGUGUAAUUAUAUUUUCAGAAGAACAAGAGAGAUUUACUGUUCCAUGCUAAUGUAUGGUGACUUUAAUUGAAACAUGCUGGGUUACUUAUAAGAUCUGAGAGAAGAGACAAAGAUAUGACCUUAUGGAAUAACAUCUCUGCCACCUUUAAUUUGGAGUUGUUUAGCUUGCCAUUUGUUUAUCUUACAGACAUUUGGCAACUAUGAUGCAACCCAAAUAUUCAUUGCUUAACUACAGUCAUAGAAGUCACAUCAGAUAAAGCAACACAGCAUCAUCUAGUCCCAGUGAAAUCCUGAAAUACAAAAACUUUGUAUUGGUCUUAAAACUGAGAUAGUCGCCCAUCAGCUCAGAAGGACAAGUUCCAUCACUGUAUUCAAGACGUAAAUUAAUGUAUUAUCAAAUUCAGUCUUGACAAGAAUCUCGUUUCCAUUGGAGUUGAGGAUGUUCAGUGAAACCUUGCAAAGGAUGUUUCUUGAAUUGAAGUUUGAUUCUGCAACAAAAGAUGACUACAACUCUUGCUUUGGAAAAAAAAUUUGGGUGGAAUACCUGCCAUUGAGACUUGAAAUGUAAACCCUUCAAGUUAUUAUCUCUUACACAAUCCACACAUAGGAAACUGAAACUUACGAUAACAUUUUGGUCUGACUCGGACCAUUAACAAGUCACAGAGGUAUCUGUACAAGAUAGAAUUUUCAGACCUGGUUGGGAUCAAAUAAAAGUAGCAAAACUCUUGAUGUGGGGAGUGAUCAUCAUCCAAACAUCAGAAUAUAACUAGACGUAUAUGAAACCAAAAAGUUGGUGUCACCAUCAUAUUAAAGUACAUACUGGACAUGCCUUUUAAGAGAUGCAUUGCACAAACAGGUAGCUAUUUGUGAGUAGAAUUAAAACUGUAAAUGGAGUUUUUUCUUAUUUAAAUGCAGUUAAAAGCAGUCCAGGUCUUCAUUAGUACAGUGCCUUUCUGUUUGUAAUACCUGUGAAUAUUUUCUAAAGUGUUUUGCACAACAUUGGGUUGCAUAUUUGGGUAUUCAAUAAAAUUUCAAGUGGAAAAUGUCUUUAUUUUACUCUUAUAGUGUUAUCACAUUUAAUAAGCUUCAGGGAAAGGGGGUCAUUGAGUUAGAUUAGCAUGUUAGUGGGGUGUGGGCAAAAAGUUUGAGAACUACUGCUUUAAAGUCUACUCUCGCACUUUUAUUUUUUUAAUAUGUAGUAUUCUGCUAGCUGUCAAUCUUUAUUACCACUUUCAUCAUUUCCUGUACAUUCCUCCUGGUUCCUUCCAUCCAGUGAAAUGCAUAGAUACUUUAUACAUUUAACACUUUUUUUUUUUUUUUUUUUUUUUUUUUUUAAGUGAAAGAAAAUAUGCAUACAAGAUUUUUUGUCCAAAAGACUGUUGAUGAAAUUAAAUAGACUAUUUUUGCAGUAUUGCUUUCCAUAUUUUUUCUUAUUCUAUAGUGUUUGAAUGAUGAAACCAAUCGUUUUUCUUUUUGCUGCUGACUAGCUGGUGAGCAGUAAUAUAAUUGUCAGUAUUGUUGAUUGGCACAUUAUCUACUCAUUUAAUACUUAUGUAGUUAUGCUUAUGUAAAGUUAAUUCUAGGAAAUGUGUACAUCACUGUAAUGUAUAGUACUAUUUCAUAUAAAGCUAAAAUCUAAGUUUAUAUCCAGUAGUAUAUAUAUAUGUACACACGUGUAGUGUGACAAAUGUAACAACUACGGUAUUAUUAUUAUAAUCAAAAAGAAGUGCUAAACAACAAUUACAGUAUGCAUAUGUGUAUAUAAUAUAUAUGUACACACACACCCACAGUAUAGUGUAUAUAAUAUAUAUAUAUAUAUAUACACACAGUAUACACUGUGUAUGUGCAUAUGUGCGAGUGCACACAUGUAUGUAUGUGCGUGUGCACAAACAGUGCUGUACACAAUUAGUUCAUAAAAUUUCACACGUUUCAUUUCUCGAUAACUGUUGUUGAGUCUGCAGUGUGUGUUGGGGAAAGCAGCAGCAGGAUGCUGCUGUUAUUUAAAUGCCUUCACUACAAUUUCCUAAAUUGGCUGAAAAUUCUUAGUGAAAAGGGGAGUAGCAGCAUCUGCACCUAGAAAAUUAAGCUUCAGGAAAUUCAUUAGAGCUCAGUGUUCAGGUUUAAGUACUAACUGUGAAUAUUCCAGGAUCCUACCUUGAUCCUUAGACUGGUUUUUGCCUUGCAAUUUGGACUGUAUCGUCACUCAUGUCCUCUGUCAUGUGGUUUUUCAUCAUUGAUUAUUAUGAUCAAAAAGAAGCGCUGAACCUACAAGGGUCAUACAGAACAAUUCCAUUAUUGAUAUUUUUAGCUACGACAAACUAUUUUACAUUUGCAGUAAUUUUUGGUAAUGUAAGAAAUGCACCUUGCCAUACUGUAAUUAGCUGUGCGAUUCUGUAGCAGUGAUAAAGUGUAUGUACAAAAUUUACAUCGUGUUUGUACUCACAUUAAAAGUGGCACUACCAGUGUCGGCAUUAUAA